UUCAGAGUGGAUGAGAUGAUGUAUUCACUUGUUUCAAAUAUUCAGUCUGUUUCUUGCUUCCCUUGAAACUCACUGAGAAUUGAAGAUUUUCUGAAAAUGAUGGAAAGAGCGAUUCCAAACAAAUAUCUACCUUUAAUGUUAUCUUUAAUGAAAAGUUUCCCAAAUGAAACAGUUGACUUCAAUAAAAUAUAUUUAAGACCUUCAGUAGCCUCAUAUGUUGGCCCAAUUAUUUUUAUUUAUCUGUUGAUAUUUACUUUUUCACAAGUUUUCACCUUCUUAAUGAUCAAACGAAUAAUUAAUUAUCAAAAGAUUCAUUCAAUUCACGGACGAACACCAUUUGAUCCAUUAUUGGCAAUUGGAUUCAACGACUUCUUAAUCAAAGGAUUUCUCGUUUUACCCUUUUCAUUGGUUAUUUUAAUCACAAUCAACUGGACUCAUGGAUCCUUCCUGUGUUUCACCUUUCCAAUGUUACAAGAUUCGUGUUUCCAUGUAACUUCAAUUACUUAUGUGAUCAUCUUUUCCCGUCGCUACAAGACAAUUUCAAAGAUCAUUUUAAACGAAAACUUUACAAGCCUAACCAAAUACGAAUACGUGAUUCCAUCAUUUUGGGUAUUUACUGUGGCCUGGUCAAUCUCAGCCUUGGGCUCACUUCCAUAUUCCUGGUUCAUUGUUCACAUUCCCUUUUCACGAUACUUCCAUGGAUCACAAUUUGCUCGAACAGCAGUUUGUUCAACCAAUCCAACCGGCAACACCAAAGAAUACAUAAGAAUCCUUUUUUUAACUUAUUACGUUACACCGAUUGCAAUGAUUUUAUCGUAUCACUCCAAGAUCACAACUUGUAUGAAAAACUGGCAACAAUUAUUCAAUUUAUCGGCAACAAUGAACUUGUCUUCAUUGUCUAAAGUGUCCAGAUGUAACAGUUCAAGUGCUCCAGCAACAAGAGCCAGUGUAACAACAACAACAGACUGUGAGAUUGGAGUUUUUCUAGCUGAAAGUGAUGAUGAACCUGUAAUGACUGAAGUGCAUAAAGACCCAGUUAAUCAAUUAUCUCCUAAACCAGGCAACAACUUACUUCAACCCAAUUGUUAUGCCUUCAAUUACACUCGUGAUCGUGGCAGUUCAGUUGAACAGUCACUUGCACCUUCAACCUCUCAAUCAAUCACAAUCUCAUCCAGAUCAACCUCUUCAUCAACCAGAGGAACCUUUAUAUUGCCUCACUUUUUUCUGGAACAAUCAUUACACCGAAUUUUGUUGAUCAUGUUCACAGUUCAUGGGUUAACCCUUUUACCCAUUAACAUACUGCGUAUUUGGAAACAUGUUGUCGUUGAAAACAAUGAGAAUGGUUCAUUGUUUGAUAUACUUUUCAUUACUUUUGUAGCAAUCAAAUACUCUUCAGUUCCAAUAUCUUCUUCUCUCUUCUACUUUUGGCAACACAGACAUCGCAUUCUCAUUGAGAUUUGUUUGCAAACCCACUCAACUCCAUCUAAUUGUCACCAUUCAGUGAACAAAAAGUCAAAAUCAUCUCGAGCAAAGUGCAGAUCAACAGGUAAUGGUUACCUUGGACUUGAAUUUGAAAGUAGUUCAGUUUAAUCGAUAAUAAUGUUGAUAAAUGUUAAUUCACUCCAAGCAUUUGUUUCGGGUUGUUAACAUCAUUGGAUAACUUGACAAAGCAUUAGUCAAAACAAGUAAAAAAAAGGUGAUUAAGUUUUGGCUUUUCAUUGAGUUACAAUGCAGUUAAGAUAAUCCUUUGAAUAACAUUUAAAUAUUUCGAUUAACUUGAAAGGAAUAAUGAUUGAUGAUGAAACCAGCUAAUCAAUUGAGCGUAAUUUGAUGCUGAAAACCAAUCUGCAAAUCUCCCAAGACUGAGGAAAGAAAAUUGAAAGAAUAGAGAAAAAAAGCGAUCUCAACUUCCCAGGCGAUUCCCAGAUUCAUUAUAUUGAAUAAGAAUAAGAUUGUUACAUGGUAACUGUUAUCUAAACUUUUCCUUUGUUAUUUCACCUUAUUAUUAUUUUUCAUCAACACUUGCUUUUUUAUUAUCAUUUUACCUUGUUCAUCAAAUGAAUUUUGUGUUGAUGAAGAAGCAAAAAGAAACGACAAACACUUGUAAAUAAAAGAAGGGAAAAGGUGAUGAAAAAAAAGAGAACUGUGAGUAUCUUCAUAAUUCAUCUAAAAAUAAACCCUUAACCAGGUAAUAUCUGUUACCUUUUCACAUAAAAUUCAAGUUGUUUAUUCAACUCAACAAUCGGAUUAGCCAAUAAUAAGAAAUACAUGAAGAGAGAAUGAAAGAGUUUCCAUUAAACAUGACAUUAUUAUUGGGGAUAAAAUAAGCAAUCAGAUGCAAAAGGUUAGACUCUAAACAAGUCAACAACAAAUGCUUGAAUCGAUGAAUAACAACAAUUUUCAAGUAAAAAAGCAUUCAUCAUUAAUCAGUUGAAAUGGCGAAUUACCUGGGAAUGGAGAAAACAAUUUUAAUCAAUUUAUCCCUUUGAUUAAACAGAUUAUCAAUAAACAAUUUACUCCAUCAACAGAUGCUUUACCUUUUACGUUUUGCAUUUCAAUUUCAAUUUAAACCCUUUUUUUUGUUACCAUUUUAACGAGAAGAUUAAAAACUUUGUUCAAUUGUUAUUUUUUAAUAAACUUACAUUGACUU